AUGUCCAAUGCGCCCUUGAAGGACGUCGCGCAGAAGAUCCUCGAGGACGCGCUUUCCAGUAUCAUACACGACAUAGUCAGCAACCAGCACAGAGAGCAUAGGAAACUUCUUGCGUCGCUAGACCCAACCACGAAGCUGCCACAUUGCGAGACAUGCAAGCUCCCGCGACUGCUGGACCCGCCUUUGGCUCCCAAAGUCCGAGGUGCAACGUCAGAUCCGCCGUCGAAUACAAACUAUUGCGACAGGAAGGCUUGGUCGCGGCGGCCAGGUCACGAUAUCUAUGGGAAUCCAUUCCUCAAAUCUGAUGUCACCGGCCGUCCCCUGACUAAGAAAGAGCGUGAGGCACAGAAGAACAGCAAGAAAGAUGACGGAACACCCGCAAGCGAAAACGCCGAUGCCGACGGUACAGGACCACCAUCACCCACAGAAGAGCCCGAGGCUAAGGACAAGGGCAAGCUAGAGAAGGGCGAGAAGAAGGCCAGCAAGAUUGACGAGAAGCUGAGGAAGGGAGAGUACGUUCCUUGGCACACAUGCCCCAGCUGCAAACGCAGUCUGCUCAUCACACGAUUCGCCAAGCACUUGGAGCAGUGCAUGGGUCUUAGUGGCCGUGCGGCGAGUAGGAACGCCAUGGCCAAGAUCAAUGGCACUCCAGCCGGCUCAAGAGGAGCUACACCAAACCCCAGUCAGGAAGGGAGCAAGGACAACGACGAAGAGGAAGGUGAUCUGGGGACCAAAGGCAAUGGCGGUGUCAGAAAGAAGCUACUUAAGAAAGGCCUCAAGGACAAGGUCAAGAAGGAGAAACCUAACGGCAAGCUGCCGAAGGGCCUUGCGGCGAAACGACCGCCUAAUCCUACCGGCCCACCUGCGUUCCCGAACAGGUCAUCCCCAGCUCCGCCAUCAAUUGGGGAUGGCAAACGAGACAGAGAUGAGCUGGGCGAUGAUGAAGAAGACGAAGUUCAUGUGAAGAAGCGCCAGAAGCUGCAGAGAGUUGGCAGUACUGCGAGCAUAUUGUCCCAGAGCACUACGGCUCCGGAGAUGGAGCGGCAGGAAAGCAACGACGGAAGUUUCGUGAAUGAGGAGAGUUUCGCGGACGAUUGA